AUGAAAGCUCCUUUAAAAAAGGCAAAGGAGGAAAGAGGCUACUACAGCUGCGUAAAUUUCGAAAAUUUAUAUAACAAAAAAAAAAAAAGAAAAUCGAAAUACUCGACAUAUAGAAAAAAACAUUACAGCGAUAGUGAAUUGUUUGAAAAAAAAAAACUACAAAUUAAGAAGAAAAAUGGAUGUCUCUACGUACAGAAGCACUACAUCCCUAGCAGCAAGGACAAUGACAGGCUGUACCUGUUUGAUAAAAUAACUAUUUAUAAAAAUCACUUUGACAAGUAUGAAGAAAAGAAUGAUGAGAAAUUGUCCAAUUUAAAGAAAAUCCUGAAGAUAUAUGAAAACGUGACGACAAACGAGAAGAAGAAGCUGUACGAAUUGAUAAAGUUCUUCUCCUUCACGCAAGGAGGAUUUCAAAAUGAUAAACUCAGACAGAAGUUGUGGCUGCUACUGCUCGGAUUUAACAUCAAUUUGUCGAAGGAAAAAAAUUAUAAUGAUCACCCGAUAUCCAUCCUAUGUAUGAAACAUAAGAGGAAAUUUAAAUUUGUCAAUUCGGCUAAACACUUUAAAUUAAAAUGGAUCCAAGAGGAGGAUGGGGCGGCUCCUUGGCGCCCUCGUGAAUGUGCCAAAGAUGAUUUGCGGUACAAAGGAGGGACCACUCCAAGGGUGGAGAGUCAAAAUAAUAUUUACUAUUAUGAUAAUUUUUCGUGCCCCCGGAAGAAGGAAUUUGUUUUCACCUACGGGGUAAAUGAUGAAGGAGGCCGUCGUCCCCCUUCGGUUGAUCAGGGGGGACGGCCUCCCUCUGCCACAGGUGCCCCCCCGGAGGGGUGCCUAUCAAUGAAAAGAAUGAAGUCAAGCCCCAAGGACGGAGUCCAAUGUGGAAACAAAGCAGCUGCACAUGAUGGCCACUGGCGUAACCGCAGAAGCACGCGCGCGAAGAGGAGAUUCUACCGGAAGCAAAAGGAUGAGAAGUGUCACAGCGAAAGUCGGUCGGUGUCGCCGCCCCCCCCAAGCUUCUCGUCCAGGAUAUCCUCAACGCCGUCCUGCAGGACGGAACUGUUAGGUGUCCCUGCCUUGGAAGCAGUAGACCACUGCGCGUCCGAAAAUUCGCUCUACCUAUCGGACAGUUUUAUUUCGUCCACCACGUCCUUCACCGCGUCGUCCGUGUCAUCGUUUGCAUCCAACGUUUCAGACGGCAUGCAAAUGGUGAGGAGCAAAUCCAGAAGUAGGCACAAGAGGCCCAUCCCCCCUCUGCAUUUUUUCAGUAGCUCCCACUCGAUUGACGGCGCACGGGAGGGGCACAACAAGGGGAGUAAAGCGCUCAGAAGGAGAUGCUCGAGUAAGAGCGCAAGUGCCCCUCAAAGUUAUGUCUUCCCAGGGAAGGAACAACCGAAUGAUUCGUUCCCCUUUUUCUCGGAAGAAAAGUACCCAAAAAAAAAAAAAAACAGAAUUGUCAAGCGUGAAAUAGAGAAAAAGGCUAAAAAAUGUAUCCAAAAGAAGACGAAAAAAAUCAUUCAUUUUCUGCUGAACAUUGAUAAGGAGAAAAAUAAUUAUGAUAAAAAAAAAAACAUAAAAUUUAUUAUAAAAUUGUUCAAGGUCAUUUAUAAAAACAUGCUAGAAGUGGAUCUCUACAUAGUGGAUUACAUCCUUCGAAAAAAUCAAACAAAAGAAGAGACCAAUAUUUUGUCUUACUUAAAAUAUAACAUUGAAAAUAACUACAACUUCAAUUCAAAUCUGAACAAAUGGAUUAUUGACAGCGUGCUGUUGGACGAAAAUGAGAGAGUGCAAGUGAAGAAGGACGUCAAGAGGAGUGUCAACACGUGGAAUAUACACAAGUACAGCAUAUACGAAAUUAAAAAAAAGUAUCAGUAUAUUUUGAAAAAUGUCAUCUGCAGCAUUUUGUAUAAACACUCGAACAAGAUUUAUUACGCGCAGGGGGUACACGACGUUUGUCUCGUUUUCGUCACGUUAUAUUUCCAUAACUUUCUGAGGAGGUACAAAAAGUACGUCUUCUUGGAGCACUUCAUAUCGAAAUUUGUUGUAAACAAAAUUUGUGAUUUGAUUUUUUCAAAAUUGAGAAGAAGUGAGUGUAAUGGGGGCGAUCCCCCGGAUGGGUCUACCACACAGGGGUUGUUUGCCAAGGAGGGAGGUGCAAUACAGAAGGAAGUGAACAUCUCCUCCCCCUUUGGACAUAAUAAUGAAGAUGGUGAAGCGACUGCUAGGUCGCCACCCCCGAAGCGGAAGGGACCAAUCAUCGCAGGAGACAUUUUCCAAAACAACAUCUUCAACAUGUUUCUCAUGGAGGAAAAGUACAUCGAAAAAAUAUGCCUGCUGAAUAAUAUUAACCUCGAGAGGUACAUAAAGUAUAAAAAAAAGAAAAAAAAAAAAGAGUACAUUGUAUACCUCCUAUGCGAGCGAUUCCUCCUUUUUUAUAUGAUUGAUUAUUUGACGUUGUCGCUAGACGUGUCUAUUAACAACACCUUUAAGAGCAUCGGCUUGUUGCUCAAGUAUAUGGACAAGGAUGUCUACAACGUGUUCUGCCUUCUCCAAAAGGAGCAGCAGUAUGAAAACAUGAAAUAUGGGAUGCGAAGUGAGAGGGCCAGUCUGGGUCUCCAAAGUCACAAUGAGGAGGAGAGCGGCGCCAACAGAGGGGAAAACACCCAGAGUGACUCCAGAACUGAUACCAACGAAUUGGAUAGUAAGAGGAAAUCCCUCAAGAUAAGUGGCACCGAAUUCUUCUUCUGCCUAAGUUGGGUCGUAACGUACUACUCUCACGUUUUCACUGAGUUUGAGAAACUCGUUCGCAUUUUCGACACACUCCUCUCCAACGAUGGCAUCUUCAUAAUCUAUUUCACCAGCUCCAUCAUUUUGCACAAAAAGGAGGAACUCAUACACAUAGCCAAUAAGAAGAAGAAUGACAUGCUCUACAAUAAUAUGUACACAGAGACGCACUACAUUUUUCAAAACAUGGAAUGGAAGAAUAUGAAUGUAGACAAUAUAAUUAAAAAAACUUACUACUAUAUGAAUUAUAAAAUCCCACAGGAUAUGUUUUUGGAAAAGAUAAGAAAGAAGAUUUCCUUUCCUCCCUUCUCCCCCAUUUAUAGCUCCCCUUUCAUUUUACACUACUUCAAUUAUCAGAGUGAGCGGGAGGAGUUGCGCAACAGGUCGGUGGAGAAGUCCAUUUGGAGCUUCUACACAUACAGGAAGGUGAGCAGUGGGGAGGAGCGUCAGGGGGAGCGGCAUGAUGAACGGAAGAUGGAGCCGAAGCAAGAUGAAAAUCGGGAGACGCCGAACCAGCGGCAGCACCCGCAGGGCGAGGACCCCGCCGCCAAAGCGUGCACCCUGAACAUCCCGCCGAACAAGAUGAAAACGUACGACGAGUACAUCCACGACCUGCUGAGAAAUCAGCGCGGGGGAAACUCCAAGGAAAAGAGGAAGAACCCAUUAUGGAAGGAAGAAAAGCAGAGCAAAGACGACAACAACAUUUAUCUGCAUUACCCAUAUUCAAUUCUCUGCAACCACUUAGAAGUAAAUAAAGAAAUUAUAAAAAAGCACCUUCUCGUGGAGGACUUCUUCCAAUACGUGUUUUACGACUUCAUCGUAAGCUACAAAGACAUCUGCAACAAGCACAGGAUGAUACAGUCAAAAAAAAAAUGCUACAUCAUUCAGUACAUCAAAGGGAAAAAAAACACACCCCUGUCCUUUCACAAUUUGCCGCAUCACAAACGUAGCCAAAAGACAAUAGCCAUCAUCCCCCCCAUUUAUAAAUACAUCGUCCAGGAUAGCCUCGUUAUGGAAAAUCUGGGCCAAUCCUCCAAAAAAAACAGGCUCAAUAGGGCGGCAGAAAAAGACAGGUUCCAGAAGCAGAAAAAGUCCCUGCCCUACAUCUACUACCUCCUUCGAACGUCCAUUCACGACUCGCCCUACUUCAAUUUCUUUCUCUUUUUUUUUCUGCUAUCCCUGUUCUCCUCUUUGCUGUACUACCACCGGUGA